AUGGCUGGAGCCUCUUGGACUACAUAUGGAAAUCAAAUAUAUGGAUGUUUGAGCAACGAGAAGAAAAAGCCAGAAUUUCUGACACCCAACAGCAGUUCGGUCCUGUCACCCAUGUCCCGCGGGGUGGCGGAUGCACUGCGACCUCUGUGCAGACCACAAUGCCCACCAUCCCCUGAGCCGCCUGUGCUGGACGUGAAGCCACCCUUCCUGUGCCAGGAGUCGCUGAGUGGCCAGGCCUUGGGCCGGCCUUUGGUCGCCUGCGUGGGCCUCAAUGUACCUGCUUCUGUUCGUUAUUCCCACACGGAUGUCAAAGUGCCUGAUUUCUAUCGUUGCUCCGAAGUGUUAGAUAGCACAAAGUCUUCAAAAGAGGGCAGCCAGACUAGAAAAGGAUUCUCCUAUUUGGUGACUGCUGCAGCUACUGUGGGUGUUGCAUAUGCCGCCAAGAAUGUUCUCUCCCAGUUUGUUUCCAGCAUGAGUGCUUCUGCUGAUGGAUUGGCCAUGUCGAAAAUUGAAAUCAAGUUAUCUGAUAUUCCAGAAGCCAAGGACGUAGCUUUCAACUGGAGAGGCAAACCCCUCUUUGUGCGCCACAGAACCAAGAAGGAGAUUGACCAGGAAGCUGCUAUUGAAGUGUCCCAAUGGCGGGACCCACAGCAGGAUUUGGAUCCAGUGAAGAAACCUGAAUGGGUUAUCCGGAUAGGCAUUUGUACUCAUCUUGGUUGUGUACCCAUUGCAAAUGCAGGAGAUUUUGGUGGUCAUUACUGCCCUUGCCAUGGGUCACACUAUGAUGCAUCAGGCAGGAUCAGGAAGGGGCCUGUGCCUCUCAGCCUUGAAGUUCUCUCCUAUGAGUUCACCAGUGAUGCUAUAGUGAUUGUUGGUUAGAGACUUUGAACUAAA